AUGGCGCGAUCCCAAACCAAAACCCUCCCCGUCAUUCCUCUCGCACGCGGCACAAUCCUCCUGCCCGGUGUCACACAGCGCAUCCCCGUCACCGCCGCCCGACCCGACAUCCCCGCCCUCCUCGCCAACGUCUACACCCGUGCCGCCUCCGCCGCCCCGAACGAGCGCAUCGACUCCGUACCCAUCGCCUGCGUUCCCGUCUCCUCCCCGUUCGUAGGCCCCAAUGGCCAACUUCUGAUCCAAGAUGCCGUCGAGGUGGACGAGAGCCUCAUCAAGGACGUCGAUCCCGGCUCCGCCCGCAAGGCCGACCUGUUCAACUAUGGCGUCGCUGCCCGUAUCACCGGCAUUGAGGGAAGAGGUACCGCCGAGUUCGCCCUGCGCGUUGAAGGCGUCGCAAGAGUUCGUGUAGAGAAGGUCACUCAGGAGAGGCCACACUUCGAGGCCAAGGUUAAGUACUUCCAUGAUGAAGUCUCAACGGACGCUCAGAUGCAGGAGCUGUUCUCCCUCCUCAAGCUACGAUCACGCGAACUCGUUACCAUCCUCCGCAUAUCCGCCCUCCUCCCCAGAAGCCCAGACAGCCCCGGCGGUCUGUCGCCGCUGUUGACCAGACGUCUCGAGAUGUUCAUAAAUAAGAAGGAGCUGAAGGACGCCGGAAACCUCGCCGACUUCAUGGCCAACAUAGUCGAGGCCUCAUACGAGGAGAAGCUCGAGGUCCUGGCGGCUUUGGAUGUCAAGGUCCGCCUGGCCAAGGUGAUUGAGCUACUGGAUCGUCAGGUUGGGGGCAUCAAGAACAACUUCAAGAUCACAACAUUUACCAGUGUGCCGGUACAAUUCUUGGACAAGAUCAACGACAAGUCAUCGCGACGCAUUGGUCCCAACGGCAUGCCGAUGCCACCCAACACCAUGUUCCCGCCCGGCCCCAACGGUGUCAUGGGCCCCAACCAGGACGAGGACCAAGAGCCCAACGAGCUGGAGGAGCUCAAGAAGAAGCUGGACAAGGCUCAACUGCCUCCGGAGGCCGCAAAAAUGGCCGAGAGAGAGUUGAAGAGACUGAAGAAGAUGAUGCCUGGAAACCAAGAAUACCAGGUUACUCGCACGUGGCUCGACGUACUGGCGGAUAUCCCCUGGAGCGUGACAACAGACGACAGGCUGGGACCCGACACCCUGGCGAGAGCUCGCAAGCAGCUCGACGACGACCAUUAUGGCCUCGACAAGGUCAAGAAGCGCCUGGUGGAGUACCUUGCGGUUCUCAGAUUGAAGCAGUCCAUCAAUGAUGACGUUGAAGAGCAGAUCAAGAAGGCUGAGCAGGAGGCCGUCCCGGCAGACUCCGACAAAGAGACUGAUGGCAAUUCCAAGGACGAGGACAAGGCAGAGGCAGAGCAGAAAGAACGAACCGAGCUGGCCAACACCAAGCUCGAGGUCCUCCGGUCAAGGCGCAUGGUCGAUCGGUCGCCCAUCAUGCUGCUGGCUGGACCUCCCGGUGUUGGCAAGACUAGUCUCGCCAGAUCUGUAGCCACGGCAUUGGGCAGGAAGUUCCACCGCAUCUCGCUCGGUGGUGUCAGGGAUGAAGCCGAGAUUCGUGGUCAUCGACGCACGUAUGUGGCAGCCAUGCCCGGCCUGAUCGUGCAAGGCUUGAGGAAAGUCGGAGUGGCGAACCCCGUGUUCCUGUUGGACGAGAUUGACAAGUUGGGCAUGUCCAACUUCCAUGGUGAUCCCUCCGCGGCCAUGCUCGAAGUCCUCGACCCCGAGCAGAACAACUCGUUCACGGAUCACUACGUCGGCCUGCCGAUUGACCUUAGCAAGGUGCUGUUCAUCGCCACCGCCAACGAUCUGAGCACCAUUCCGGCGCCACUCUUAGACCGAAUGGAGACCAUCUACCUGCCGGGCUACACGACGCUUGAAAAACGUCACAUUGCAAUGCAACACCUUGUGCCCAAGCAGAUCCGGGUCAACGGUCUCUCGGAAGACCAGGUUAGCUUCGACAAGGACGUCGUGUCCAAGAUUAUCGAGUCAUACACCCGUGAAUCAGGGGUUCGCAACCUGGAACGUGAAAUUGGCUCCGUCUGCCGUCACAAGGCCGUCGAGUUCGCCGAGGCCAAGGACGGGGGACAGCUCGAGCAAUACAGGCCGCAGUUGACGGUCGACGACAUUGAGGAGAUUCUGGGAAGUGAAAAGUUCGAGGAGGAAAUUGCCGAAAAGACCAGCCGACCCGGCAUCGUAACCGGGCUGGUGGCGUACAGCUCGGGCGGCAACGGUAGCAUCCUAUUCAUCGAGGUUGCCGACAUGCCUGGAAACGGCAGCGUGCAGCUUACCGGCAAGCUGGGUGAUGUGCUCAAGGAGAGUGUUGAGGUUGCCCUCUCCUGGGUCAAGGCCCAUGCUUAUGAACUGGGCUUGACGGCGGAGCCGUCGACCAACAUCAUGAAGGAGCGUAGCAUUCAUGUUCACUGCCCUUCUGGUUCCAUUCCCAAGGACGGCCCCAGCAGUGGUAUUGCGCAAGCCAUCGCCCUCAUCUCUCUGUUCUCUGGAAAGAACGUCCCGCCGACAAUGGCAAUGACUGGUGAAAUAUCCUUGCGGGGCCGUGUUACCGCCGUCGGAGGCAUCAAGGAGAAGCUCAUCGGCGCCCUCCGAGCGGGUGUCAAGACGGUGCUACUCCCCGCGCAAAAUCGUAAGGAUGUGAAAGAUCUCCCGCAGGAGGUCAAGGACGGUCUCGAGAUCCUCCACGUCAGCCACAUCUGGGAGGCCAUCCGGCUCGUCUGGCCCGAUUCCCAAUGGCCCGGCGCCGAGCCGUUCCCUCCUAUCGAGAGCCGUUUGUAA